AUGAGCUCCAGGUCAGGAGAUGUUCAGUUUAAGUCUUUGUAGUGGAAGCGUGUGUGUGUGGAAGCGUGCGUGUGUGUGUGUGUGUGCGGACGCAGAGCAGGUCAGAGCGAGGUGAAAGCAGCAGAGAGGUGUCUGCUGGGUAAUCCUGUCCUUGGCAGCCAGAGAGAAGGACUCACUCCUGAUUACUAAAAGAGACCUCAGCACACAGGGUCUCCUCUGCAGGACAGGAGGGGCGGCGCACGGUGACAUUUCAUGAUUCAAUUUGUUGACUCUUGUGUAAUGUAACAGCGACACUUUUCAAAGCCAAACAACAGCGUUUCACGGCUUAUCUCUUAACCUUUCCGCAGUGACGAAAUCUGGACUCUCCAUGACAACAAGAGGAUGGAUCUGAAAGUGAAAAGACGUCUGGAAGCCCACUCUGGAUGGUGCAUCUCAUCAAAGUGGUCCAGUCUAGUUUGGUUCAGUGAGGUAUGUCAUUUGGAUGUUGGGGUACAAAGCAAACAUAUCCAACCAAAAUAUUACAAAUCCUGAUUUUACAUCUACUCUGUGCAGCUACUUCAAAGUAUUUUGGCUUUAAAUAUCUGUGAAAUACACGAAAAGCUGUUUCCUCAGUUUGCACCAACAGGACAUGUCCCAUCGCACAUAGCACUGUGUUUUCUCACUUCAGCUCCCUUGUGACAUGACAGCAUUCACAUACAGAUCUCAUACUAAAGCACACACACACACACACUCACACGUAUAUACAUGCACAAACAAACAAAGUUCAGCAGCAGCAGCAGCUUCACAGAGCUCACAGUAAAUGGCAGAACGAUUGAUCCCACACUCUUGAGUCCGGCCCGAUCGAUACACUUUGUUUUCUACUCACAGCGUUGCCCCGCCGCUCGGCUCCCCGCUGCUGUGAAAAGGCCUCUGAUGCUGCAUUCAGGCUGGACGUCAGGCACCCGAAACCAAAACAAGCCUCUCCUGAGGGGUCGAGUCUCUGUGUCUCCGUGCAUGCAGAGCAGGAACUAAAGCGAUGAAAUCUAAACUGUGAAAGCGCUCAGCUGGUUCGGAAAAGGCAAAGUCCUCUGUCCUUGUUACUCUGCAGCUUUUUUUUAUCAUACAAAGAACUACAGGGUGAUUUUUUUACAUUUUGCAGUCAGAAUUUGAGCCAUUACUAUAAAGAGGAUAUAGAAAACAAGAUUAACUUGCAUACAUCUUUAAAUAGUCCACACAUAAACACAUUCCCUGAUUUUAUUUUUUUUGUAUCUUCAUUUUUUUAUUUCUGCUUAUCUUUUGUCCUCUCACAUGAUCAGAGCAGCAGACCUCAGACCGGCCCUGAGCCUCUGAUUCUGCAGAGAGCAGCAGGUAAACUGCAGACAUGACAGGAGGACGCCUCAGCACAAAGUCUGACAGAGCCUGAGACAGCACAACGCCCGCGUGAGAGAGAAAGAGAGAGAGAGCGGCAGGUGAGGAGCCAUUGUUCUAACUCUCUGCGUGGUCGUCUGUCAGUCUGCCUUGCCUUCCCAAUAAUGGAGUUUUUCACAGCAGUCAAGAAUAAACGAAGACCAUUUCCUCUCACUUAGAUAGUUACACUAAAAGGCUGCAUUGAUCACAUUCACGGUAAUCAUAUUCGUCUGUGUUAGUGCUCCUCCUCAAAUGGUCCAACAUUUUAUUUAAUCACAGUUUUUCUUCUGUCUGGUGUUUCCAGGAGCUUCAGGUCUGAAUUCUGGGAACAACAGAGUCGAAACUACAAAGCAGACCUGUGAUGUGUGGGUGGAGGCAAACCAUCACAACCUAAAAGCAUGUUACACUGACUGAAAAAUCUUGAGGAAACGCCUCCUUAAAGGGAUAUUCCUGCGUAAAUCACCGAGUGCAGCGGAAAAUUUAUGGUUUUUUACUUCAUGGAAAUACAGUCAGAGUUCUUGUGUAUCUUGUAUGUGCACUGCAGACGCGGUAGUUCUUCUGCCUUAUCGUCUCGGUCUGAUUGCAUUUCUAUGAAGUAAUAAUCAUCAAUGUUCUUCCUUGAGCUGCGAAACUCCCCUGCACUCGGUGAUCGACUCGUCAGGACUCCCCCCACAAACAAGUGGCUGCUGGUGGAGAGUAGGUAAGUUGUGUUUCGUCUCUUUGCCAAAGAAAUCAGGCAAAGCUAAAAAGAUGUUUGGUGUCUAGUACUAUGGCUGGGACCCUAUACAGUGAGUCCAAGAAGUAUUUGAUCCUUUGCUGAUUUUCUUCGUUUGCCCACUAAUAAAGAUGUGAUCAUUCUGCACAUUUAAUGGUAGAUGCAUUCUAACAUGGAGAGACAGAAUAUCAAAAAGAAAAUCCUGAAAAAAAUCUAAGGAAUAUAUAUUAAUUGAUUUGUAUUUCAUUGAGGGAAAUAAGUAUUUGAUCCCUCAGUAUGCAUUAGGAGUUCUGCCUUUCACAGACCAGUUAGACACUCCCAAUCAGCUUGUUACCUGAACUGAAGCCACCUGUUCUCACUAAUCACUUGUGUGAAAAACACCUGUUCACAGAAUCAGACAAUCUGACAGAUUUCAAGUCUCCAACAUGGGUAAGACCAAAGAGCUGUCUCAGGACCUCAGAGUCAGGAUUGUUGACCUCCACAAAGCUGGAAUGGGCUACAAAAAGAUUAGCAAGGUGUUGGAUGUGAAAGUAACAACUAUUGGUGCAAUUGUUAGAAAAUUUAAAGAGUAUAACAUGACCAUCAACAGACCUCGGCCCGGUGCUCCAAAGAAGAUUUCACCUCGUGGGGUGACAAUGCUCCUGAGAACGGUCAGAAAUCAUCCUGCAACCACUCGUCAGGAGUUGGUAAAUGACCUGAAGGCAGCUGGGACCACAGUUUGCAAGGAAACAAUUGGCAACACUUUGCGCAACAAUGGAUUAACAUCCUGCAGUGCCCGAAAGGUACCCCUGCUCAAGAAGGCACAUGUGGAGGCGCGCCUUAAGUAUGCCAAAGAUCACCUGAAAGAUGAACCAAGUUAUUGGGAGAAGGUUCUGUGGUCAGACGAGACCAAAAUUGAACUUUUUGGCCUCAACUCUACCCGCCAUGUGUGGAGGAAGAAAAAUGCUGCCUAUGACCCCAAGAACACUGUGCCCACCGUCAAGCAUGGAGGUGGAAGCAUAAUGUUUUGGGGGUGUUUCUCUGCCAAGGGUACAGGGCUACUUCACCGCAUCACUGGGAAGAUGGAUGGAGCCAUGUACCGUACAAUCCUGAGGGACAACCUCCUCCCCUCUGCCAGGAAGCUGAAAAUGGGCCGUGGUUGGGUCUUCCAACAUGAUAACGACCCGAAACACACAGCAAAGGCAACAAAGGAUUGGCUCAAGAAAAAUCACAUGAAGGUCAUGGAGUGGCCCAGCCAGUCUCCGGACCUCAAUCCGAUUGAGAAUCUAUGGAGGGAGCUGAAGGUCAGAGUUGCCAAGCGACAGCCCACCAACCUUCCUGAUUUAGAGAGGAUCUGCAAAGAAGAGUGGGCCAAAAUUCCCCCUGGUGUGUGUGCUAAACUUGUGGUCAAUUACAACAAACGUCUCACUGCUGUGCUUGCUAACAAAGGCUUUGCCACUAAGUAUUGAGUGUGUUUGGCUAGAGGGAUCAAAUACUUAUUUCCCUCAAUGAAAUACAAAUUAAUUAAAACAUAUUCUUUAAAGUUAUAUUCUGGAUUUUUGUCUUGAUAUUCUGUCUCUCCAUGUUAGAAUACAUCUACCAGUAAACGUCCAGAAUGAUCACAUCUUUAUUAGUGGGCAAACGAAGAAAAUCAGCAAGGGAUCAAAUACUUCUUGGACUCACUGUAUGUCCUGUUGAUGAAGUUAGGUGCUGUUCUGAGCAUUAUUUGUGGCUGUAGAGUGGCGUUUUGGUUGAGUUUUGUGCGUGGAGACAUAGACCGCUAUCGUAUUGCUAUCGUGCGGUCAUUACUAAAGUUGGUAUAACUAGAGAAGCAAGCAGUCGGCAACAUUCAUCUCUCAAGGGGGUGUCUAACUCGGUGUUAUGGUGUGUUUGACCCUAAAUUAAUUUUACGCCAGAAUAUCCCUUUAAGUUGUCAGGAAAUAGCUGAAAACAUUUUAGUUCACUGGUGUGCCAUUUUUGGUACAAAUUUGACAUGUUUUGGAAAUUAUAUAGUAUGGAUCAAGAGUAAACAUUUAACACAUUGUCCUUUCAGUGUCCACAUUUUCCUCAUUAUGACUGAAAGACUAGAUGAAAACAAAGUCACCAAAAGGACAUCCGAGCCUGCAAAACUGAUGAAGUAGUAAAAAAAUUACAAUUCUCAACUUUUAGGAUGAAAAUCCAAACUCUUUUGAAACUAUGAUCACCUUUGAGAGCCAGACUCACCUCUUCAUUAUCAGGUGCUAAGAAGCUUAUCUGUCCUUUUUUCGAAUUAAUUCAUGAAUUAAAUACAAAAUCAAAUCGCUCGAUAACCUCACGUAACCUAACAUGACCUCAGAAAGAGUCAGCCAUUUGAGUUUAAGAGGAAAAUGUUGAAUUAAAAUGACGAAUGAGCCACUGAGGAGACAAAUGGAGGGAGGUAAGUAAUUUAAUAAACAGACAUUUAACAGAGUAGUGAAGAGGAAAGCGUCCAAAGGAAGAACAUUACUUGGGAAUUUGGUGCAAUUUUCCCCUGAAAGGUUUCUCUGAAAUGUUAUAAAUGACUUUAUUACCCCGGUAAAUAAACCUUUAAAUGUCGCUGUGUGGUUUCUAAAUGUCACACUUCUCCAAAAAGCGCCUUUUCUUUCAGUGUGAACAAAUGAACAACAGGACGGAUGAAUUAUGAAUGAAUAAUCCCACACAGCCUCCCUCAGCAGCAUCCAACCCGUCUCAUGUACCUGUCCUCACCUGGUCCUCUGCCAGUUAUCCAGGCGUCCUCUCUGCAGAGCUGAUUAGAGGCCCCUUCCUGUAACAGAGGACGAGACAAGGACGAGCGGCUCUCCGCCUGCCAGGAAAGCUCUUAGAUUCAGUCAUCCAGGCCGGUGCAGAGGAAUGAAGACGGAUGGUGUAAUCCCGGGAGGAGACGGUAGGUUAAACGUUGGCCUGAGAGGAGACGGACACACAGAGUUUUAUUUAAGGAGAUCAU